CAUUAAAUUAAGUAAAACCAUAAACUUAAUUUGUUACCUAUAUAUUUAUAAAUGUCAGAAAUCCGAAAUUAAUCGGCCAAGUUCACGAAGGUCAAAAUGAAGAACCUGUUCAUUUCCCCCUCUGUUGUUACGUAUGGCUAUAUUAGCGCUUACUUCACAUCACUGCUCCCUCGAGGAGGUGGAGUACGGAUACCUACUAAACGACCAUUCUUUCAAUGUAACCUGAAAAAAUACUUUUAUUUUCGAAAAAAAUGAGUGCGGACAGCAUUGAAGUCAGUAAGACACGUAAUGACGAUAAUAAUGAUAAGGUGCAACCGCAAAAAGAAGUGGAAGCGAAAGAAAUUUUGCCAGGCUACGCAACUUUUGACGAUUACGUCAAGAAUGCGUUCAGUGCCAUGAAAGAUGGCAUCAAAGCAGCUAACAGCUUACCAGCUGGAGAGAACUUCAAUUAUUACAUGUGCUUCCCAAAAUUCAACGAAGUAAGGAACAAAGAAUUGAAAAAGAUUCUUAAUGUUAUGCAAGGCAUUGCACAAUUGUCAGGAGUGGCUGGCAAUAUGAGACAGAGAGAUGUUGAAGAGAAAUUUGAUCUUCUUGUUGAAGCUAACGACAUAUUUCUCGAUCGAGCGGGUGUGUGUAUGGACGAGGAAGAGGGCAUACCAAAAAAGCCAGGAGUAUCGCUGAUAGUAUCGCAAACGAAUAAAAAAAAUGUGUAUGGUUCCUGGAAUGCAACAGUAACGAAUCAUGGACCAACCGAGAGUACAAACCCGACCGGUGCAUCGGCGAUUCGUUUAUUGGCAGCUCGUAACGUGCAGAGGCCUCAAUUAACGUUCAAAGACAAAAUUGACAACAGUUCCAAGCCAUGGCAACCAAGAAUUAAGGAUAAGCCAAAUUCUCUCAAGCCUCUCGCGCUUUAUCUUGAGGAAGGUGAGAACGGUGAAGUAUUUAAUCAUCCGUACGAGUGUGAACUAGAGAAGUUCGAACCUCCGGAGAAUCAGCUGGAAAAACGGGAUCCUAUACCGUACAAGAGCCUCGAUGAAACGCUUCUCAUCGUUAUAGAAAAACCUCAAGACAUAAAAAUCUUACUCGACGAUUUGAAACAAUACAACGAAAUUGCAAUCGAUCUUGAGCAUCACUCUUACCGUACGUUUCAAGGUAUAACAUGUCUCAUGCAAAUAUCAACGAGAGACACCGAUUAUAUUAUAGACACGUUAACACUGAGAUCGGAGUUACACGUACUGAACGAGAUAUUUACAAAACCGAGUAUUUUGAAAGUAUUCCACGGUGCUAACUCGGAUAUACAUUGGUUGCAACGUGAUUUAUCGCUGUACGUUGUUAACAUGUUUGACACGUACCAAGCAGCGAAACAGCUUAAUCUGCCGUAUCUAAGUUUGGCUUAUCUUAUGAAACGAUAUUGCAACGUUGAUCCUAACAAACAUUUUCAACUUGCUGAUUGGCGCAUAAGACCACUGCCCGAAGAAUUGAUGAAAUACGCCCGUGAGGAUACCCAUUAUCUGUUGUACAUCAUGGACAUUCUACGCAACGAUCUCAUUGAUUCUGCCAAUGGACAGAGCAACAUUCUUCGAGCGGUUUAUGACCGAAGCACCGAAGUUUGCAAACAAGUCUACACAAAACCCGUGUGGAACGAAGAGAGUUACAUGAACAUGUAUCGCAAGAGCCAAAAAAUGUUCAACAAUCGGCAAUUGUACGCUCUGAGGGAAUUGCACCAGUGGCGAGAUGUGACAGCGAGACAGGAAGACGAUAGCACCGGUUACGUUUUGCCGAAUCACAUGUUACUAAACAUCGCGGAAACACUGCCACGCGAGAUGCAAGGAAUUCUCGCCUGUUGCAAUCCAAUUCCUCCCUUGGUCCGACAAAAUCUUUUGACGCUCCAUAAAUUCAUUUUGAAAGCUCGCGAACAGCCCCUUAUCAAACCGGUAUUAGAGCAGGAUAUAAGACAACGAUUGACACAGAGAAAUCAAGCUGCUAAUUCGGACGUUUGGAUUUAUACGCCACACGAUGUACCGAGUAACACAGAAGUACGAGCAGAUUUGCCCUGCCUACUUAACUCUGAAGACGCGAAUGAUGCGGUUGAGAAAGAUUCUACGACCGAUCAUAUUGUCACUGUUUUUGAUAGUCCUACGGGAUCUGAUCACGACGAAUGGAUAGAACGACGAAGAAUAUUAAGGGAAAAGAAAACGAAGUUCGUGAGCCCGUUCGAGAGAUACAAGAGAGUGAUGCCCAUGGUCGCAGCGCAAGAAGAACAGCAGCGAAAAAUGCAGGAGAAAGAAGAAGCAGAGCGGCAUCGUAACGCGCUUGAUGAGGCGGAAGAAACGGCGAUGAGCAUCCAGAGAGUACACGAACAUUUCAAAAAUGUUGCGCAGAAUUCGAACGUCCCGGAAAAUUCGAGGGAAUCCCGAAAGGAUAAAAUUCAAGUUCCACUCAGUCAGAUGCAUGGUAGAAAACGAAAACGACAAUCCGACUUGGUGGAUUCUUCCGAUCAUCAAGAAGAUUCAAAGUACGAUGUUUCGACACCAAAACCUUCGAUUGAACUGACCAUUGCUCAGAGCUACGCUAGAAAGAGAAAACAUGAAAUGACGGAUUAUCCAGGAGCCCGUAAAGAGAUGAAACGCGAACCGAUUGUGAAAAAUAAAAGUCCACAGAAGGGCAGGAAAAUUCAAGUUUUUCCUAAAAACGAAACGUCGACGGGCCCCCAAGAAACUGACAAGAGAUUGAAUUCUGUCGGCAGAUUGAAUCUGAGAUCAAAGGAGCAAAAACGCGCAAACCGAACUGAACUGGAAAAGAAGGGAAUGCUGCCACAAAAAAAUUUCGAUUACAAAUCUGUAGAUUUCAGCAGUUUCCAAGGUGGAAGUUCAAAGGGUGAUGAAUCCACGCAGUUUCACCAGCAGAAGCAAAAAGAUAAAACCAAGAAAGGUAAGAAACGGAAGAAGCAGAAGAUCGGCAAGAUAUGAAGAAACCAAUCGACCUCUUUGUACAGUAACGCGUACGUUUAAAACUUUCAUUUUCAUAUUUCAUUUUUCUAGCCUCUUUUUACAAAUGUAUUAUACUCAAAGAAAAAUCUUUUGAAUAUCGUUUCGUUAGUUUUAUGCUAAACUAAACUAUUGUAAGUCACUGAGUUGUCGAAAUUACGAUGAUUCAAAACAGACGAAAUUAAUUUAUAACACGCUUGCGAAAGUUAUUCAUUGUGUUAUAAAAAAUAAAGAAAAAACAUUUCUCAA